UCUCACCGUUCCCUAAAAGAAGUUUAAAAAUCAGCCAAAACACCUGUAAUAUCGCACACAAAAUUAAUCAAGAGUCACCGCUAUUUGUUACUUGCACGCUGUUGUCAACGUCAUUGCUCUCUCGCUCGCCCUCUAUUUCUCUCUCUCGCUCUUUGUUUCUCUCUCUCCUUCGACAUUUGCAUACCACACGUUUUCACUCUGCUCUCGAUGGCUGGAAUCGCGCCCGCGUCUAUGUGUGUGCAGCGUGUAUGUGUGUGUGUGUGUGAGUGACAGAAGCAUAACUAGGCGAAGCGGAGAGACUGAAAAAAAAAAGUAAAUUACUGCAAAUCCGCGAAUAACAGUUAAAUAUUAUAUUUGGUUUAUUGCACUACGGCGAAAAGCAUAGCCAAAAACCGUUGGUUUCGUCUUUUCGUUUCAAGUUUCACCUUCACCACCUACUUUUCCUACUCUCCAAGUCGACUUUUCAGUUAUCCCCGUGCCGCAUUUAGCCCGAAACUCUUUGUUCAGUUGAACCUCAAGUCAGUCGCCAGUUUGUUUCGGAGCUCCCGGAGUCAAAGUGAAAAUUCUUUAAUUCAAUAAAACCUCAAUUCCUCCGAUUCUUUCAACAGGCAAUCUGUGUUUUUAUGUCAAAUAAGUGCGCGUGUGUGUGAGUGCUGUAAUUUCUAGACCCCACCCCUCGCCUUGCCCCAGUAAACAGCACUUUCAUAUCGUAUAGCCGAGAGUUGGAGCUGCUACAGGCAAAAAAAAAGCUUAGUUCGGAAACAGUUAGGAGGAGUCUCCACGGGAUCCAAAGUGAAACUGCCACAAGAAAAAAAAAUUAAAAAAAAUAUAAAAAACGACAGCUCCGCCCACUCACCCUUUCUCACACUGAAAAUCACUCGCAACAACACGUUUAACGAGUUUGUAUUAUUUUGUAUAAUUUUUUUUUGUUUUCGCUAAAAUAAUACAUUAAAGUGAAAAUCCAAUCCGUAAAGCGAGAGACUGCAGUCAGAUAUCAAGAAAUAAUUCCACCCGGCCGUCACGUCACAUACACACUCGCAGAAAUCUGAAAAAAAGCUUCGCUCGCACAAACACACACACACAACCUUACACCGAGCAAAAACACUAGCGCCAAGUGAAUCACAGCGAUCUCCCUCCGGGCCGGAACAGAGCAACCAACCCCAACCACAGUACAGAUCAGCCAUCAAUCGCAUCCAAAAACACGCACGCACGGCCGCCAACAUGCAGAGCGACUUUCACAGAAUGAAGAACUUUGCCAAUCCCAAGUCCAUGUUCAAAACCAGUGCACCCAGCAGCGAGCCGGCUGGAGGAAACACAGUGGCUCCUGGUCGUCCCGAACCGACUCCGGCUGCCCCAUCACCUGUUCCGUCUAAGGAGGAUACCCCACCGGUCGGAGAUGUCGUCAACGCUGACGCAACGAAAUCGGCCGGUGGCGAUGACGCCGUGCGCACCGAACACCUGUUCAAACACCCGCUACAGAACAAUUGGACCCUCUGGUACCUGGAGAACGAUCGCUCCAAGUCCUGGGAGGAUAUGCAGAACGAGAUUACCAGCUUCGAUACCGUCGAGGACUUCUGGAGCCUCUACAACCACAUUAAGCCUCCAUCGGAGAUCAAGGUUGGCAGCGACUACUCGCUCUUCAAGAAGGGUAUUCGGCCCAUGUGGGAGGAUGCUGCCAACAAGCAGGGCGGUCGCUGGGUGAUCACCCUCAACAAGAGCUCCAAGAGCGAUCUGGAUAACCUGUGGCUCGAUGUGCUGCUGUGCCUGAUUGGUGAGGCUUUCGAUCACUCGGACCAGAUUUGUGGAGCUGUUGUAAACAUUCGUGGCAAGAGCAACAAAAUCUCCAUCUGGACUGCCAAUGGAAACAACGAGGAGGCAGCCUUGGAGAUUGGCCACAAGCUGCGCGAUGCCUUGCGUCUGGGACGCCAGAACUCGCUCCAAUACCAACUGCACAAGGACACAAUGGUCAAGCAGGGAUCCAACGUUAAAUCGAUCUACACUUUGUAGGCUGGAGGGCCUGGCCCAUUCAACAAUUCACACAAAGCUUAGUUAGUUUGUGUUCCCUAUUUUUUAUUUAUGGUUAUCAUCAACAUCAGCGAUAGAUCGUAAAAAAUUGUGCUAUUUUGUCCAAGACCCCCCGCGUAACUACCGAAACCGAAAGAUGCCCUCUUUGUUAUCAGAAUUUUGCAAAGAAAACGAUCCGCUUUUUGUAGUCAUUUUCAAAAAUGGAUUAAACGAAAAAUAAAAAUAACAAAAAAAACUACACUAAAA